UCUGUGUCUCUCACUCACUCAGCCAAAGAAACUCCUUCUCAUGAAGAAUGGAAAACCCUAAGACCCUAUACCUCUCCUUCUCUAAAUCCAAUUCCAACUUCAACCACAGUGACCUUCUCAUUCUUUGCGAAAUCCUCUUCGAAAAUCUCGGCACCGCAUUCCGAACUCUCUUCUCUGCCCUCCCUCUCUUCCAUGACCGUCACGCUGCCGGGUCAGAUCCGAAUCCGGAUCAGAAUUCACGGAUUUGGCCGCUUGUUGAAGAUGUUGCUAUCCUUCUUCGCUGCUGCAUGGUUUCUCUGACACUCCUUCACUCCGACCAGAAGUUCCUCGUCGACAAGACGCGUUUUCUCCACCGUGCACUCCACGCCUUCGUCUCGGUCCACGUCGCCAAUUGCCGCCUGCGCUUCCGGAACUUCGUCUCAGGUGCUGAUGUGGAACUAUCCGAUUCUUGCCGUCUGUUUCUGUGUGCGCUGCUAGAGGUUUUUGCAGAUGAGCUUCUAAGACAUCAAACUUUAAGAAGCUAUCUCAUGCUUGUCGAUUCAGUAUCUUCCAUGGGUGAAAAGCUUUUUGUGCACAAUUCCAUGCAUCAUGAUUUUGCAAGUGUUCUGUUGGUGAUAGCUGUCCAUUUUAAUCUGUCAGUUUCUAAUGAGAAUGCUUUUGAGAAUUUUGUCAGUAGAUUAUUUUUGCAUUGUGACAAGGAUUCUCGAUUUCCUGGACUUAGCCCUGCACCUGCCAUAUCAUUGCUUAUGGACCCUACUAUGCCUUCUGCACCAAAGAUGUUCCAGGCACAUGUAAUCUCCUUGGUUUCUGAAGCCAUUGAUGCUGGCUUAGAUUCCACUAGUUUGGCUCCUAAUAUUAACUGGUACAUAAUUGGAUUCCAAAAAGCUGUUGUUUUGUACUCUAUGCACAUUACUCAUUUGCAAAUUGAUAAUUUUUACUCCAAAUCGAAAUGUGGCUAUGAUUUGUCCCAGCAUAAGAAGCGUCAUCCAACAUUUCAAUCUUUUAUUCUGCAAGUCACAAAUAGCAAAUUAAACCAAGUCUUAUUGCUGUCAGAUAAUUCAUGCAAAAUAUCCUCCAAAACAAAAGCCAACAUUUUGGCCGAUUGCAUUGCUUUUAUGAAAGGGAAGCAGUGCAUAAUUGCUGAUUCAUGCAGGGGCAUGGCUGACUCAAUUUUGGAAGGCCUAAUUCAUCGAGCUUUCUCCCAAUAUCCUUCUAGAGAUUGUUUUUGUGUAAAGGAAAAUACCAGUGCCAGAGAUAUAUGUCUUCUUGCAUCCAUAUUGAAGUUCAUGGGUGUUUCGUUGAUGCAAGCGAUUAAGUGUCUAAUUAAUAGUGGUGCUUCAGGUUGUUUGAAAACCAUGGAAAAUACCUCUCUCCACGAGAAAUAUGGUUCAUUGAUCAGCCAUGUUCGGCAUUUUCAAGAAAUAAAGUUUUGCUUACCCUUUCAAGCGUUUUUGUGUGAUUUGAUGAAAAUGCAACAAACAACAAGUCACAGUGUCUCAAAAUCGAUGAUUGUGCAUUUCUCUGGCUUGCUAUAUAUAAGUUUUAGUAGUGAGCUACAUUUGUUGGCAAAGGGGUGUAUAUAUGUAAUUAUGGCACUGAUGUCUCUCAUUGUUUUUGAAGAAGGGGAUUUAGUUUCUUUAGAUCCAUUAAGGCAUGAACGACUGAAAUCUUACUCCAUUGUAGUCCAAUCUAAUAAUACUGAAGAGGGGGUUGGAUAUGGAGAUAAAGAAUCUAUCUACAAAGUUGUAGAGCAGUUCAUUGGAAUUCAAAAGGAAAAUUUAAGAUCAGGUUCUGCCACCUCCUACACCUGCAAUGGGGAAGCUUUCCUUGAUUGCAUACUAGGAAAUCCCAAAGAACUCGAUGAUUAUGAUGAACUUGUGGACUUCGUUGUCUGCACUACAGGAAAAGAUUAUUUCAGCUGGUUGAAUAACCGCACACGAUAUCGGAAACAGAGACAUGAGAAGAUGAUAGAUCAAAGAAAAAUUAAGAAGAAAGCAGUCAUGAAUGGAAAGUCUUGUAAGCGUCAGAAAAUGGGUUGGUCUACCAAGCGUCAGAUUUGGAAGUGAUGUUUAUAUUUGAUUGAUGAUUUCAUGUAAAAAUAUGUUAAUGUAUAUACGAUCUAUUAAUAGGAGGAAAAAAAAACUUGCCUUCAGAUGUGAACUUUUAAAUUUGGCACAAAGAGUCUAACAACUCAACGAUAACUCUUUUAUCCAAUGUGCACAUUUGUUUUGUUGUAAGUAAUUCGCCUAUCGGUUCACCUCAGAAAAAAGCGGCAUAAAUUCAAAUAA